UGUGAUGACCGGAGGAAGUAGACGCUACUGAGGCUUUCUGGGAUACUGACGUACUCAGCAGCAUUCUUAGUGUGACGGAGAACAAUAUAGAGCAGAUUUUCAGGGAUUUUGUCAUGAACAAGAUUAAAGAAAUCAAAGAUGAACCUCAAGAAAACAGUGUGAAAGAUGAGCCACUGUCUGAUCUUGUAACAGAGAACAGAGAAGAUGGACUUAAGGAAGAAAAAAUGAACACAUCAACAGAUAAUGUCAUGCAUACUGACCUCCAAGACCACCACGGUGAAGAGGACACCAGCACUAAACACAGAAAAAGUAAAAAGCACAAAAAACAAAAAAGUAAAAAGAAGAGAAAGAAACGCAAAGAAGGAAAAGACAGCAGCUCAGACACGGAGUCUGACAAAGAGAUUCAAGAAAGUGGGAAGAAAAAGAAGAGAAAGAAAAAGAAAAAAAGCAAAGAUGCAGACAAAGUGAAGAGGUCUGGCUCACGGUCCGAAAGCUCUUCAGCAUCUGGUUCUGAAUCGGAGUCUGAAUUGAAACCUUCUAAUGAAAAUACAAAGUCCUCUUCAGCAGAUAAGACUUCAAAGUCUGAGCUCAGAAACACAUCUGGUGUUGGUAAACCUCAGGAGUUGCCUGACAUUAUUCCCAAGAUGGAGAAUUCGGGCCACAAAAGCACAGAGAAGUUAAGGACCAAGGAAAAGAAAAUAAGUUCUAGCAGGACAUCUAUAAGCAAAGAGAGCUCUAGAAGAAGACAAACCAGAUCAAAAUCACCCAGACUGAAGUCCGAACACAGGUCAAGAUCCCCAAAACAAAAACGGCAAUCAAAGUCAACCCUCUCUAGAGAUAGUUGCUGA